ACUUGCGAUAGCUCUGCUGCUUUUCACGACCCCGAGUACCUUGACACGUCACCUGGCAUAGUGACCGAUGUCCAGCGGUCAGUCUACACCCGAUUAAACAAGAUCAAGAGGAUGCGGUUUGGUUCUAUGAAGAUAUUCUUGUUUUUCAUCGUCCAUCCAAAUCUCUUUCUUCAUGCCACCGGAGAUCAGCAGUGGUGUUCAUACAAGUUUUAUACAGACUUGAAGUCCUGGUUCGAAGCCAAAGCCAUAUGUGAGCAAGCUAAUAUGACUUUAGCUCACAUCAAUAUCACGCAGUAUGGCUACAUCUGGUCACUGAUACCAUACAGCCUAUCACAAAUGUAUACCAACCUUCCAAGCAGUGCUUUGUGGCUUGGUGGGUUUCGGUUGAAUAACGGAAAACCAACGUGGCAGGACGACUGUGAGGAAAUUGACAACUCCGAUUAUACAAAUGGAGGAAAUGAUCAAGAGGAGGCUUGCAUGAAAAUGGAAAAAACGAUCACAGAGUUUGGUACAGAAAACUGUACUGAAAGUAUGCCGUUUUUAUGCCAGGGUUCUACAACAGAUAUCAAGAAUUGUUACACAACCACUACGGAGGUAUGGGGUCUGUCGAGAUAUACCGAGGGCUAUACCAACAUGGAAAAUUGUUACGACCAUUGCGCAUGCUCAAACUGUUAUGGAAUCAGUCACUUCGCCGAUGGUAAUUCUUGCGUGAUGUUAUCAAUGACUAAUAACACUAAAAAAAGAACGAAACCUACACUUUAUGUCAAAGAUCUAGUGCGAACGGCGCCCGUUGACGUUUCGCCUACUAUCACUGAACUGCAUGACAUGUGUUCCACUCGAGUUAUCACAUCAUCCCAACAACAAGAUGAUAUCCCUCUGACGUCACUUCCUUAUUCCGAUACUGCGACACCCCACACCAGCACUCCACUAACAUCGGAAUCAACAGGACGUAUUAAUCUUCAACCAAGUAGCACACCAUCGGAGCUUGAUAAAACUAGUGAAAUGUCUACGCCUUUCCUCUCUCAUGAUGUCACCUCCGUUGACCUGACAAAAACAUCGCUCCCUACAGUCCCAGUGAAUUCCGGAACGAUUUCCCCCUCCCGCACCACAUGCUCACCUAUCAAAACAACGGCAAUAAAUCAGGAAGAGUUGGAGGAGAAAGUCCAGCAGUUACGGAGCGACCUGCUCGUUGACAAGAAGAAACUGUCUUCCUGGAAGCGGACUUUGACCAGUGCCGCCGACGACCGACAGUCUGCGGCUAACAUUGGUUACGUGGGCGUCCUCGUUGUCUGUCUGAUACCAUUGAUAAUCAUACUUAUGGACCUGGGAAGGAUACACAAGGGCAUAAAGCAAUUCAGGUCACGUGUAAACAAAAAACGCACUUUACCACCAGAUCAGAUUACCUAACGAGACGUCAGGAACACGUGGCCCUAUUCAGACUUACAUCUCGGUUCACACGAACAUAUGAAUAUGUGCAGAACGGAAAAGUUUUUCUUAAUUAUACUAAUUUAGUUUCCGGCUUUUUCACAUCUCCCACUUCACGCCAUUUCGGAAUGGAGUAAAACUGAAAACACAAAUUGUCCAAGAAACAUUAACCAUUUUUCUUAAUAGUUUAUGAUUUGUUUUAUUUAUGUGUGUGUGUUUCCGGUUUUUUCACAUCUCCCCUUUCACGCUAUUUCGGAAUGGAGUAACCUGAAAACACAAAUUGUCGUUCUAACACGACUCGUACACAUUAAAUGAGAUAAUCGAUAUACUCGUCCUUUAUAGAAGCGUCUUGUAUGCCAGAAUACAAUGCAUUUCAUAAUUGAUUACGAGGAGUUAUCAUAAUACAAAAAAUACGUUCCCACAAUGGAAAAUUCAUUAUCAAGUUGUUCUCUAGUCGUUCUCAACUUCUUCUUAAGUAUUCACAUACUGACAACCCUUGAUAAUGAAUUUAUCAUGCUACCGGUAGAUAGUAUAAAGUAGUAUAUAGAUGAUGAUGUAAUUUGUCAUCCCCGUAGAUCGAUAUUGAAGGUUCUUAACCCAAGGGGCAAUUUUUAAGUAACCAGAUACGGGGCUUGCAUGGUCUGUUUACGUUUCACAUAUCAAUUCUCGUUCUUUCAGUGAAAGCAUAUAGAACAUCAUAGAAAGUUUAAAAAAAGUAUUUCAGUUGAUGACAUUUGAUUAUAGUGGUCACUAACUCAUUAUUACGAACAGCUUCUGCAAUUCCUUGAUCCUUCAAAGGUCAUGUUCAGCGGUAAUAAUGGUUAUUUUUUGCCCUUUUGUAUCAUAUCCUAUAAUUCGUUCUCUCUAAAUACUCUGAUUUCAAACAAUUUUAAGUAUAUGACUUAAAGAAAUAUUUCAUAACAGGAAUGUACUCAUGUUAGCUCACUGAAAUGUUUAGCUUUAUCGAAAUUUGACCUUUUGGCGCAAAGAUGAAUCAUCGGUGCUCCCCUCAAUUUGUAAAAAAAAAAAUGAAAACAAUAAUGUUUCAAUAAGUGCAAUCAUAAUUAAGCACGACAGGUAUAACACAAAACGCGCUGGAAUAAUAUUACCUCUGAAGUAUAUACGGUUACGUUAUAUUUGUUAUUGAUCUGCCAUUCCUACAUAUCGUUAUAGCGGACUGAAAUACAUAAAAUAACGUAGACAAAUAACGUAAACAAAAUCAUCUGCAUUAUUGUACAUUUGACAUUUUAUUGUAUUUUAUACUUGGAAACAUUAACC